AUGGGUGAGAUUCAUGAGGAGUUGGAUUUGAUGAAUACGCCGGAGUUAACAAGCCGGAAGAAGUUGUUGGGGGAGGAGAAGGCUCCUAGUGCUCGUGGGAAUGGGACCAGGGCCGCGUAUAACGAUUUUGUGCGUAAGCUGUUUGCGAUAUUGGAGUCUGGGGAGUAUACUAAUAUUAUUUCGUGGACCAAGGAUGGGAAUAGCUUUGUUGUAGUGGAUACAAAUGAGUUUACGACGAAUAUUUUACCAAAGCAUUUUAAGCAUUCGAACUUUUCGAGUUUUGUCCGUCAAUUGAACAAGUAUGAUUUUCAUAAGGUUAAAAGAACACCUGAGGAGAGACAGAAUUCCGACUAUGGCAAACAUAGUUGGGAGUUUCAGCACCCGAAGUUCAGAAGGAGUGACGAGGCGGCAUUGGAUCGGAUUAAGAGGAAAACGGUUACUCAGAAGAAGGUUUCUCUGACUGAAAAUGUGUUAUCGGGGCAUCAGCGGGCCAAUGGCGGAAGUGCAUCUGGCUUGCUAACAACUGCGGCAGACUUCAAUGCAACGACGAAUAUUGUGCUCAGUAAUACUGUCAACAAGACUAAGUUUAAUCAGCUAAAGAAGCGCGUCGAAAAUGUGGAACUUUAUAACCAACAAUUAAAAGUAGACAAUAACAACAUGAAAAUUGAGCUCCAGAAACUGAGCUCAAAAUACGAUGCGAUGCUAGAUAGUUUUCUGACCCUUAAAUCCUUUAAUGAUACCAUGAUGGGGAAUUUCAAUCUGUUGGUUUCAAACCUUGGCCCCCAGGGAAUUAAAAUACCGCAUGGCUUAAAUAGUGUUGGCUAUUCGUCUCCACAGAUAUCAAAGCACCCUUCACCAACGAAUAGUCAUGUUCAAAGCCAAGCCUCUCCUCUAGCUGGUGUUUCUUCUGCUACAAACAUACCUGUAUCGUCCACAACUCCUCCGAAGCCUGAGCUUGACUCGAGCACCGUUCUCCGUCCUGGUUUCUGUGUUUUACUUGUUGAAGAUGACUCAGUCUGCAUUCAACUGUGUUCCAAAUUUUUGAGAAAAUACGGUUGUUCUGUAGAAGUUGUAACUGACGGGUUAUCUGCCAUUGAGACAGUUGAAAAAUUCCAAUAUGACCUUGUAUUGAUGGACAUAGUAAUGCCUAAUUUAGACGGGGCUACUGCUACAUCUGUGAUCAGAAGCUUUGACAAUCAAACGCCUAUAAUCGCCAUGACCGGAAAUAUCGAAGAUCAGGAUUUGGUUACAUAUUUACAACAUGGUAUGAACGAUAUAUUGGCGAAACCAUUUACGAAAGACGAUCUCCAUUCUAUGCUAAUUAGAUAUCUAAAAGAUAGAGUACCGUUAGCUGAACAGAAUUCAUCUACUGCGCAGCCGCGCCCGCAGGAUACAAGCCAGCCGUCAAUUUUGAAAGAGAAUCAGCCUGAGAGGAUACAAGGACAAGACUUGAUCGAUGAAGAGCCAUUGUUAAAAAAACACCGAGCAUAG